AUGGCGAGGACUGACUGCAGAGAUGAGUCCACUGCCUGGCCCUCACUCCACAGUAACUGUUUUUCUUUCCCUUUCGUAUCCUGUGGGUCUGCAGCGCUAAAAGCCGCAUUGGUCAUCCAGAACUGGUACCGAGGUCAUAGUGCUCAGCUGAAGACCAGACAACGCUAUGCCCUCACCAUCUUCCAGUCCAUCGAAUAUGCUGAUGAACAAGGCCAAUUGGAGCUAUCGAACUUCUUCUCCUUCAUGUUGGAAAACUAUACACGUCUACUUGAGGAAGAUUCAGAAUUAGUAACUCACCUUUUUGACAGCAACAUCCAGGACAAGGAUAGACAGGACUAUUGGGUGUUGAUAGAUGUCCCAGACUCCUACUGUGGUCCUCGACUGCAAUUUCCUCUCACUUUUACUGAUAUUGAUUUACUGAUUGAGGCCUUCAAGCAACAACAGAUACUUCAUGCUUAUUAUGUCUUAGAGGUGCUCUUUGAAACCAAGAAGCUCCUGCAGCAAAUGCCGAAUUUCACUCACAUAAAAACUUCUCCCUCCAAAGAGAUAACAAUCUGUGGUGAUUUGCAUGGGAAACUGGAUGAUCUUUUUUUGAUCUACUGUAAGAAUGGUCUCCCCUCAGUGAGCAACCCAUAUGUUUUUAAUGGUGAUUUUGUGGAUCGAGGAAAAAAUUCCAUGGAGAUCCUAAUGAUCCUGUUUGUGAGUUUUCUGGUCUACCCCAAUGACCUGCACCUGAACAGAGGCAACCAUGAAGAUUUUAUGAUGAAUAUGAGGUAUGGCUUCACAAAUGAAGUUUUGCAUAAAUAUAAGCUACAUGGGAAAAAGAUCUUACAAGUCUUGGAAGACAUCUAUACCUGGCUCCCAAUUGGUACAAUCAUUGACAAUGAAAUCCUGGUCAUACACGGAGGGAUAUCAGAGUCCACAGACUUGAAUUUACUCCACCGUAUAGAAAGAAACAAAUUGAAAUCUGUGCUGAUGCCACCAAUUCCAAUAGAUGGAGACCAUGCUACUGAGAAGGGAAAUAAAGUAGGUACAACCAUUACAGCUCGGGGAAUCAGAACAAAUGGAUCCCUUUCUGAACAAUUAACAAAGCAUGAAUGGGAACAGGUUAUCGACAUUCUGUGGAGUGAUCCGAGAGGCAAAAGAGGCUGUUACCCAAAUACAGGUCGAGGAGGGGGCUGCUAUUUUGGACCAGACAUUACCUCCAAGAUUCUUAAUAAAUACCAGUUGAAGAUGCUCAUUAGGUCUCAUGAAUGUAAGCCCGAAGGGUAUGAAAUUUGCCAUGAUGGGAAGGUUAUUACUGUAUUUUCUGCAUCUAAUUAUUAUGAAGAAGGUAGCAAUCGAGGAGCUUACAUCAGAGUGAGUUCUGGUACGCCCCCCCGAUUUUUCCAGUACCAAGUAACUAGGGCAACAUGCUUGAGGCCUCUUUACCAAAGGAUGAAUGCUGUUGAAAGUAGAGCCAUCAGGAUGUUAAAAGAGAGAAUGAUUUCACAAAAAACUGACCUCAUUCGUGUUUUCCAACUUCAAGACAGCAGUAAAUCAGGAAAACUUUCUGUGGGCCAGUGGGCUUUUUCCAUGGAGAACGUUUUGGGGCUGAACUUGCCAUGGAGAUCCCUGAGUUCACAUCUGGUAACCACAGACAAAGAUGGAAAUAUUGACUACAUGUCCAGCUUCCAGGAUAUCCGCAUUCAGAAACCUGUGAAAGAGGUUCAGUCUACUCUGAUUGAAACAGUGUACAGAUACCGAUCUGACCUGCAAAUCAUCUUUAAUGUCAUUGACUCUAAUCACUCAGGCCUGAUCUCCAUGGAAGAAUUUCGUAGCAUAUGGAAACUUUUCAAAAGUCACUACCGUGUCUGUGUUGAUGAUUCCCAGUUAGAUGAGCUCACCGAAAGGAUGGACUUAAACAAAGAUGGAAGCAUUGAUUUUAAUGAGUUUUUAAAGGCUUUCUAUGUAGUGCAUAAAUUUGACAAGUUGAGUAAAUCAGACACCAAGGUUGCUUAACAAGAAUUAGGGCUUUCUCUCCUUGUAAACAGUUGGCCCAAAUCACUGACACAAUCUUUGCCACGACCCUUGAAAUUCAUAGUGAGUAGUAGAGAAAAGUAGACCCCAAUUCACACCAUGAGCAGAUGUAUAAUGUGGGUAUUGGAAGUCCCUAGUAAACUGCUAUUGGUAAGACUAGGUUAAAUGUCAGCUGAUAGGAUUUGGCUCCAGUGGCGGGACUCACACACUGCCAGGUAGUAACUGGAUUUGAGCCUAGUGUUGGUCUCUUGGAUGCCACCUAACCAGGAGACCUGAGCAGUUUGUAAACAUAUUGAAAAGAACCCAUAGAAUACCAGAGGAAAGUUCAACAUCUGUGAGUGGUUGAGGGAUGGGAGGAGGAAUACCAAACUAUUAAAAAUAUUUCCAUCUUUAAACUGUAAUCUUCUUUGGAGAUAUCAUAAACCAGUGAUUUUCAGCUGUGAGGGAACCACCUUCAGGGAUGGGGGCCAUAUCAGAAUCUGCGGGGGAAGCUGUGGGAGUGUAUUGUUUGAAAAAGCGUAUUUUUUUCUUGUCUGUUGGAGAUAGAAAGUGAGUACAUUCAGACUGAGCCCUAUAGUUAAUAUGGUUUGACACCUUCACUGGUAAGAUGGGGCCUUGGUGAUGCAUACGUUGUGCAAUUUAUUCUGCCAUUCUGAUGGCCUAUCAAACAUAAUAAGAGAUUUCUGUUUGAAGGUGAGUAUAUGUUUCAUUUUCUUCUUGAAGUUUGAGAACUUUAAGAUCUAUGAAUAUGCCAGGUUAGAUAUCCUGCUACACACACCAGAAAUAAUGGAUCACAUAUAACAAAUAUCUUUUAAAAAUGCAUAGCUGAGCUGGCAAGUAAGUAAAAGAAACCCCAGGGGCAGGGGGGACUUCCCUGGUGGCUCAGUGGAUAAGAAUCUGCCUGCCAGUGCAGGGGACACAGGUUCGAUCCCUGGUCCAAGAAGAUCCCACGUGCCACGGAGCACAUAAGCCCGUGUGCCACAACUACUGAGCCUGUGCUCUAGAGCCCGCUAGCCACAACUACUGAGCCUGUGCGCCACAACUACUGAAGCCUGUGUGCUGCAACUACUGAAGCCUGCGCGCCUAGAGCCCAUGCUCCACAAGAGAAGCCGCCACAAUGAGAAGCCCGUGCACUGCAACAGAGAGUAGCCCCUGCCCACCACAACUAGAGAAAGCCUGUCUGCAGCAAUGAAGACCCAACACAGCCAAAAAUAAAUAAAAUUAAAAAAGAAACCCCAAGGUUAGGAAAAAAGAGAGCUUAAUUAAAAUCAUAGCAAUAUUAACUUUGGACAGGAUAGACUUUAAGGCAAAGAAUAAUAUCAUUAGGUAUAAAAAGGUCAUUACUGAAUGCUAAAAGGAAUGAUUCACCAGGAAGAUGUAAUAGUUUAUAAACUGAUAUGCAUCUAAAAAAUUAGAGCUUUAAAAUUGAUAGUGCAAAAGUUGACAUAACUAAUAGGAGAAAUUGAUAGAGGGAGAUUUUUAAUAUACCUCUGUCAGUAAUUGAGCACGUAAAUAAAAAACUUGUGUAUAGAAAAUUGGACAACCCAGUUAAUCCACCUGAUCAUGCAUGUAUAUGUAUACUCUGCAAUCAGUUUCAGAGAAUACACAUUUCCAAGCACUUAUGGAACAUUUAUAAAAACUGAUCAUGUAUUAGACCACAAAAGAUAUCUCAAAUACUAAGCAAUCAGUUAACAAAGAUGCUACAUUUUCUGGUCAUUGUGCAUAAUUUUCCUGGGGAAAAAUAUAAUUUACUAAUGCUAACUCAAGAACAAUAGGAGGGGCUAAAGAGACACAUAACCAUUAAAGAAUGUGUCGGUUUGGCUAGGCUGAACUACAUUUCUCAGAAUUCCCCUUCUUGUAUGUUUCUGGUUAAGGUGGGCCACAGUGGAGAUUCCUGAGAGAGUUGGAAGGCAAAGAGAAGCGGCAACCAUCGUGUAGCUCCCACACGCUCUUGCUGAGCUGCCGAUUCACCUUGUGGGUGUGAAGCAGCAGCUAGGCCUGCAAUUGCUCUACAGUCCCCUGGCUCCCCUGUUAGCUGCUCCGAUUCCCGGGACCACUGUGUGUGUUUAGCUCCGUGAUGGCCACCCGGGCCAGGUGUGUGUGUUUAGCGCCAUGAUGCGAUUCUCCGGCCAGGUGUGUGUGUUUACCGCC